GUUGACGUUCGGUGGCUCUUGGGCAUUCACGAGUUUGUCAGAUUGGCCUCAGGAACGACAGUCCUGCUGCACCAUCAAUACAGGCCACGUAAACAGGUACAACCUGUAUGUAGUGGGGUCAUUGAUGGUGAGUGACAGGUGAAGAAGAAAUAUAAGAGUGAAGGAAGAGAGAGAAAAAGAGAGAUAACAUUGACAACAACAGGGUGAAGGAGACACGAUCGAUCGAUGUCAUCUUCUUUCGAUUCCGGCAUACUGAUGAGCGAGGGUGGCUACGCGACUUGCUCCCUGGAUGUAGAUUCCCCGACGCGAGUAUUUCCAGGUCGGCCGGGCCAUUGCCAUGCGAUGUCGUUGCAGAGCCCCAGACUUCGACACUACAGGACCAUGACAGCAAUUUGUUUUGUAUGCAACCUGCCGAUCCUUAGCCACCAGGUCGGACUUGUAUGGCAAGGUGGCAAUGGCUGGGAUGAUCUUGUUCGUGAACAAGUUGAAGAAUCAACUCUUAAACAGCGACUCGGUACUGGAAGACGUGAUUCAGCUGCUCAAAUUGGUGCAUCAAUAUCACCACCAAAUGAAAUACAAGAGCCACUACCACCGACAAAUCAACGUAGACGUAGAUCAAGUUUAGCUGAUAUAUUACGUGAUUGGGGUAGUGGUGGUGGUUCAAAUAAAAAUAAAAAUUUAAGUAAAUUAUGUCGUAGAGAAACACUUGCUGAUAUUGCUAAAUCAUUACCAUGGUCAAGACAACAAACAACAACAGCAACAUCAACACCAACAACAGAAAUAAAUAGUACAACAACAACAACAAAUAAUAAUUCACGUAAAAGACGUGAAAGUUCAAUUGACAGUGGUAUUAAAAGUCAAGUAUCAAAUAAAUCAAGACGUGAUUCAACAAUAAGUGAAUUUAAAAAUGAUUUUGCCAAGUUAUGGAAUAAACGUGAUACAUCAUCAUCACAACCGCCAUUACCACCAACAAUAAUAUCACCAUCACCAAGACGUGGUUCUGGUGAAAGUAUUAGAACAUCAAGAAGAGGAUCUGGUGAAAGUUCAAGAUCAACAAGACGUGAUUCAAUUGUUGGUAAUCAAAAUGAACGUAAACAUCAAUGUCGUUAUCAUCGACGUAAACAAUCACAACAAUCACAAAUAUCUGUUGAUGUUGGAUCAAUAACACCAACUAAAUAUUAUAGAAAUGAUCAAAGACCAAGUGCCUCAAGUACAGAUAGUUCAACAUCAGCAGCAAUGAGAGAUCAUUUGGAAGCACAAAGAAAUACAAAUGAAAUGCGGGAAUCAAAAAAUCAAUUAACACCAGAUUUAAAAAUUGAAACAAAAUCAAUGGCUACUGAAACAACGAAAAAUUAUUUAUCACUUGAAUCAAGUGGUAAUACACCAACAAUAAUAACAUCAUCAGUAACACCACCAGCAGUAUCACCAAUAACAUCAAAUAAUUUACCAUUACCUGGUACAUCAACAUCGGGAAGUUCAAGUCCAGUUGGUACACCAAAUGUUAAUAAUACACCGACACAUCCACUUUUAACAACAAGAAGAGAUUCAACAACACAAUGUUAUUAUGGAAAAGGAAAAGAUACAUCACCAAAUAAAUUAUCAAGACUGAUUAGACAAGCAGCAACAAUUGAUGAAUCAUUAUCACCAGGUGGUAGAAGAGGUAGCCAACCAACAUUAUCACCAGAUCCAGAUGACGGAGGUAGAAAAGCAAGAAGAGAUUCUCUAAGCCCUGACUCAGCAUCAUAUCCAAGAAGACGAGAUUCUAAAAGUCAUUUAAGUCCAGAUAGAAAUAAUGAAAAAAGAGAUAUUAGUCCAAUUAGACAAAGAAGACAAUCAAGAUUAAGAAGACAGUCAACAUCACUUGCUGGUCGAGCAGCAAGAUCACCAGAUAGUUCAACAUGUUCAUCUAGAGAACCAAGUCCAUGUGCACGUGGACCAGGAAGUAUACAAAAUGCUCCAGUUAUUAGAAGACAAUCAACAACUGAAGAAAUAUUAAUUGCACGUGGUUUUAGAAGACAAAGUACAACUGAAGAAAUGAUACGUUGUAGAAAUUUUAGGCGACAAAGUUCACAAAGUGAUGAUACAGUCCAGAGGUAUCGAGGUCGACGUGACAGUUCAGCUCAAAUAACAGAUGGUACAUUUGCAACAAUGACUGUAGAAACAUCAAGUACAUUUUUCGAUAGCAGUACACAAACUGAACCGUCACCGCCCUACGACAACAAUCACUAUCACGAGGAGUGUCUGAAAUGUAACAGCUGUGGCCUCAAUCUCACUGGACCCAAUCAAAAGAGGGCGAGACGGUUCAAGAAUCAAAUACUUUGUGAUCUGCAUUUUGCAGACGUUGCGCUAAUGGAGUGUUCAGAUUUUAUGCAACAAUUGCGCAGUUUUAAACCACAAAGUUUAGGCUGCGCAGUUGCUAGAAGAAAAUCAUCAACAACACUUAUAUUUCCAUUACCACCUCAAGCAUGUUCAGAUGAAUUUUGCCAAGAAUAUCCACAUAAUUUAAUAUCAACACCAGGUUAUUGGAUUGAAUGUUCAAGACAACAAAUAACAACAGAUACAAUAUGGGGUGAAAGUGAAAGUGAUCGUGAUGGUACUGAUCCAGAACAAACAGAUGAACAAGAUAUAUGUAUUAUAAAACAACACAAUGAUUUUUGUUUAUUUGAAGAAAAUGAAAUUGAUGAUGAUGAUGUUGUUAAAAAAAAAACAGUUAUUGAAGAACAAUGGGAAAAAAAUCAAGGCUUUGAAUUGACAUCUGUUGAACAAGAAACAUAUGAAAAAUAUUUUUAUGGCUCUGAACAUUGGAAUUAUUUUACAAAUGAUGAAGAUUUAGGUCCAGUUAUAUUGAGUAUCAAACAAGAAACAAUCAAUGGAAGAGAUCAAUUUAGAAUUCUUGUUAGGGCUAUCAGUUAUACAGUACAUGGACUCAUACCAGCAAGUUGUGUUUUUGCUGAUCGAUAUAAUCGUGAAGAAGUUGUUAAAAGUCUUGGAAAAGAAGUCAACAUAAAUCCACCUUUAUGUCUUGGUCAACUUCCUGAUACACCAGAAGAAUUAUUAAAGUUAGAUCAAGUAUUUAUAAAAUCUGAAUUAAAAGUUGGUGUUAUUUAUGUACAAGAAGGUCAAUACAGUGAAGAAGAAAUUCUUGAUAAUAAUGAUGGUACAUUGUUGUUUGAAGAAUUUUUACAAAUACUUGGUGAUAAAGUUAGAUUAAAAGGUUUUGACAAAUACAAAGGUGGCCUCGAUACCGUCCAUGACCUAACUGGUCUCUAUUCCGUCUAUACAAAUUGGCGUGGCAUUGAGAUUAUGUUUCAUGUAUCUACACUUUUGCCUUAUGAAAAACAUGAUCCACAAAAGCUACAAAGAAAAAGACACAUUGGCAAUGAUAUUGUUUGUGUUGUUUUUUUGGAAGCAGAUAAUACAAGUUUUAGUCCAGCAUGUAUUAAAUCACAUUUUCUUCAUACAUUUAUACUUGUACGUGUUAGUCCAAGAAUUAAAAGAAAAAUAACGCGAUAUGAAGUAUCAGUUGUAACAAGAGAUGAAGUUGGUGCAUAUAAACCAUAUCUUUGGGAACAAAGUGUUUUUGAAAAAGGAGCAAUGUUUCGUGAAUGGAUGUUGACAAAAAUAGUUAAUGGUGAACGUGCAAGUUAUUCAGCACCAAAAUUUGCAAGAAUGCAAGAAAGAACACGAAGUCAAAUGUUAGAAGAUAUUGCAUAUGAUACCAUCAGCAAGAUCAUGCAAGAAAUUAACACUAUUUAUAUAUAUCGUGUUAGAUUUAUUGGUGUAAGAGCUAUACUUGGUGUUAGAAGUAGAGUUUUUCAAGAAAUGCUUUAUGGAAUUCAAACGGGUUUUGGAAGUCCACAAGUACCAGUUGCUGAAUUACUUUCAAGACCAGCACCAACAUUAAUGAGUCCACAAAAACCAAAAAGUUCAAAUUUUUUACAAGUUCCUGAUAUUGAAAGUCCAAGGCCCAAAAGUGUGCCAUCAUCACCAAUGGUUAAACGAGCAUUUUCAAGACUUGGUACAAUAACUGCUGGUUGGGGUAGAAGUAUACGUAAACAUGGUAGUAAUACACUUCAAAUUGAAGAUAGAAAAAGAUGGUCAAGUUCACAAGAUUGUAGUAAUAAAGAUUCAAAAGAAAAAGAUAAAGGAGCAAGUUCAUUAGCUGUUCCAAGGCUAAGUGUUUGUGCUGAUGCACAAAAAGUUGAUAGAGCAAAAUUAGCACAAACAGAGUUUGACAUAAUUGAAUUUGAUCCAGAAACAUUUGGUGUAUUAUUGGAUUAUUUACAUACUGGUUCAUGUCCAUUAACAUGUAGUAAUAUACCUGGUUUAAUAUGUGCUGCUGAACAUUAUGAUUUACCAGAUUUAUUACAAGCAUGUUUUCAUCAUGCAAAACAAUUUUUAAGAAUUGAAAUUGUAUGUAUUAUGUUGUGUUCACUUGAAAAUUAUUAUUGGCGUUAUACAUCAGCAUCAGAACUUGUUAAUAUGAUAUUAGCAUUUGUUGAAACACGUGCAUAUCAAUUAUUUCAAAGUCCACAUUUUUUAACAUUAAGUGAAUCAAUGGUACAAACAAUUAUGUGUCGUGGUUUAGAAGUUGUUGAAAUUAAAAAAUUUGAAGCAAUGUUAAAUUGGGCAAGGCAUAAAAUUAAAAAUAAAAAUUCAAAUAAAAUUGAUGCUAAACAUGAAUUUAAAUGUAUCAUGGAAAGAUUAAGUAAAGAUUUAAAAUUAUAUCGUAUAACACCACAAGAAUUAAUAAGAAUUGUUUUACCAUCAAAAGCAAUUAAAAAUGAACGUAUACUUGAGACCCUUGUGUUUCAAGCAAAUUCAGGAAUUUAUCGUAAUGUCGAUACGUAUCUUGAAGAUUAUCAAAAAAGAGUUCAAAAUCAAGACAGUUUUGAUUGUGGUUUGUAAAUUAUUUUUAAAGAAAAAACCAACAUAUCUAUCAGGAAUUUAAAAAAUAAAUAAAAAAUAAUACACAAAGUGUUUGCUUGGAUAUCUAAUGAAUAUAAAUUAAUUUAAAAAGAAAAUAAAAAAUAAAAAUGUAUGAGCAAUGAUAUUGAUGCCACUGAGAGAGAGAGUUAUAGAUAAACUCGAUAUUCACAAGGAUAUAAUACGUAAAUUAUAAUGAUGAUGAAGCAUAGUGAAUAGUGAUAUCUAGGCCUUGGUUUUAUGCAAGCUAGAUGAUCAUGUUGAUAAUAUAUGACGUUGUUUAAAUACCACUCACUGACCGACCGACUCAGCAUACUCAAAAGCAAUUUGAUAUUGCUUGUGUACUAAACACACACACAAUAACUUUUUUUUUUUUUUUUUUUUAUAGACAAAAUAAAUAUUUACAUACGUGAUCUAAAUUUUCAUCAUACAAGUAUACGCUUUAUCGAUAUAAUUUCAUUUGCAAAAAAUAUAAUUUUAAUAAUAAAAAAAUAAAUAUGAAAAAAAAAAAAAAAUAUACAAAAUAUAUAGAUAAAUAAAUUUUAAAAAGAAAUGAAUUUUUAAAUAAUUAAAUUAUAAUUUUGUCGUAAUUUUAAUUAAUGUGUAUAUCUUUAUGUGAAAAAGAAACAAUAUGUUUAAAAUUUUUAAAAAUGUGGAGAGUAAUAUUACCUCAUGGCGUAAAUAAGAUAAAAUUUAUUUAAAAACAAAAAAAAAAAAAAAAAUAUAUGUAUAUUGAAAUAGUGGCCUGUUUUUUGAAGCAUUGAGACCUGAAAAAUUGUUAGCUAUGUAUCUGAAUUAUUUAUCUAAGUGUUUAACUUACAAAUAGUAAAAUAAAAAAUAAAAAUAUUUAUUUUCAUUGCUUAAUAAUGGCCCUGUUUUAAAAUAACAAUACAUUAUUAUAAAUGUAUAUACGUGUAAACAAUGUAAAUGUCAUAAUCUUAAAGAAAAAAAAAAUUAAAAAAUAGCUUUGCAAUUAAUGGCCAAAUGAAUUAAUUAUGAAAAACAAAAACGGCUGAAAAUUUCCGACAAUGACAAUCUUGUAAUAUAAUAAAGAAAAUAAAAAAAUAUAUAGUUCUUAAUAAAGUCAAACAAACAAAAGAUUAAAAAAAAUAUUAAUUUUAAGUAAAAAAAAAUGAUAUAUUAAUGAUAAAUCGAAAUGAGUAAUAUUAAGAAAAUAUUGAAAAAUAAAAUAAUAAUUUUAAUAAACAACUGAUAUGUGAAAAAAAAAAAAAAAAAAUUAGAAAAUAAAAUAAUUUAUUGAUGCCAAUAAGUUGAUAUUAAAUGUGAGAGAAAUGAUAAAUGUUUUAAGCCUGUUUUUUCUUAUUAUAGAUUUUGUAUCUCUAAUACUCUCAGGCAGAGAUUAAAAAAAUUAAAAAAUAAAUAUAUAAAAAUUGUUGCAAAUUAGCAAAAUAAAAAAAAAAUAUAAAAAAAUUAUAGUAAUUAAAAUUAUUAUUUAUUUAUUUAUCAAUUUUUGUUUGUUACCAGUAUACUCAUGUAAAAUUGAAAUGUCUGUAUGAACAUUUCUAAAAAUAAAAUAAUUUUUUUUUACUCAAGUCGUGGUAGAGAAAAAAUAAGAAUAUAAAAGACAAAAAAAAAACGAGAAAAACCUUACUAGUUAAAUUGAAAAAAAAAUAUAUAUAUUAAUUAUGAUAAUGGGAAUGAAUAUAAACCCGAUUUAAAAAUUUGCAUCAAUUGCAAUAAUAAGAUUUCAAAAAGUUCGAUGUCCCCUUGUACAUUUCCCAAUAAGUCCACAAAGACUGUGUCAAAAAAAAUAAAUAUAUAUAAAAAAUUAAAAUCAAAUUAUGUCAGUUAAGUAAUUGAAAAGAAAAAGAAAACAUAUUCGCAUAUCGAAAAAUUAAAUACCAUCGUCAAACUUGAGCACAAAAUCAUAUCUAAAAAAUAAAUAAAAAAAACAAAAUUGACUAUGCAAAAGAAUUCGAUUUUUUAUUGGAUAAUAAAUAAACUUAAAAAUUAAAAUAAAAAGAAAAUGAUUUUAUGAUAUAUAUAUUUAAAAAUAAAAAGGAAGACAGUAAAAAUAAUAUUUUCAGUAAAAAAAUAUCCCGAGGAAAUUAUUGUUGUUAAAAUGAACAAAAAAUAAAAUAAAUAAAUAUAAUAAAAAUAUGUACAGAGAUGAUAAUGAAUAUUUAAUUUUCGUUGUUAAUUUAAAAUGGAAAUUUCCAGAACUGUUGAGUACUUAUUGUUCAGGCAAGGCUGGAUGAAAGUAGAUUUUCAAAUUUCAAUCCAACAUGGAUAUACUUUGUAAACGAAAAAUAAAUAAUAUAACUUGUAAUAAAAAAUUUUAAAAAAAUGCCAAUCGAUUGACUAAACAAUAAAAAAAAAAAAAAGAAAUAAUCUUUUUAAAAUUGAUGCUUCCACAAUAGCACAAAUUUAUAACUCAAAAAAAAAUCGUAAUCAUCAAAUAAAUAUCGACAUUUAGCACCUGUAUUGGUACUCAUACAUGACAUUGAAUAAAAAUUUUCAAAAAAAAAAAAAAACUUUACAAAGUCUUGGCAGACAAGUCCAGGCACCGUUCGAUAUCAAUAUACAUUUUAUUCAAAUUGAAAAACAAACCAGAAAUUCAUUUUAUUUGUUAAAAAAAUUUUCGAAAAAAAAAAAAAAAUAUAAAAAAUUUAUAAAAAUUAAAACAAAAAAAAAAUAAUUUAAUCAUAAAAAAAAAUAUUAUCGUGUCCAGCCAUUGCCGACUAAAUUGUUCACCCCAUAAAUGUGUUAAAAAAAUAAAGUAAUGUAUCAAUUUGCAGUUGUAAUUAUUUUCGACUGUCAAAUUAAUAUCUUAUUUUAUAAAUUCAUCAAAGAAAAAAUAAAAUAUAUAUAUACAUAUAAUUCAUAAUAUAACGAGAAUUUAAUUGAGUUAAUUUUAAGUCAAAAAUAAUUGGGUAAAAAUAGAGAAAACUUGGUCAUUGAAUGAUGACGUCCAAGUCAGAGCCAAAUAAUUUUGUGGAGGAGGCAACACGAGGGACAAUAUAUUUUUUUUCCACGGACAAAUUUCAUGAAAUUAUAUUCUAAUAUUUAUUCACCACCUGGAUAUCAUUAUUUCAAACGUCUAGAAUUUAUUUUUAAUUAUUUUUAUUACUCUGUUACGUUUAUGAAUUGCUUUGACCUCUAAAAAAAAAUUAUAUUUUUACAUAGUGCUCUUAGAUAUUUUGCUGUUGAUGACGAGUGUCUUGAUUAAUCUUCAAGGAUGUAUCAUUAAUUGAACAACGAAAAAUAAUUUGGGUAGUGCCGCUAACAACGGUAUUAUUAACACGAAAAAAUUAAUAAAAUCUCAGACAUUUUUAUGUUUUUUUAGGUUGCAAGAAUAAUGAAUUCUACCCAAGAAAUCAAUAUGCGAUAAUGAUAUAAAAACAAAGGGGGUUGUAACUUGAAAAAAAAAACGAAAGAAAAAUGAAUAAAUAAUUCAACUAUAAUUGAAGUUUGGCAAUCUGUUUUAUUUCUUUCUUGUUGCUUGAUGCACGUCCUCCAACAGAAUCCACAGGUGACUUUGAUUGAUCAGUAACAUCAACAUGAUUUCCCUCGAGUUGGUAUAAUGUUCACCUUUUUUUGGAAUUUUUAUAAGUGCAUCUUUUGGUGUCCCAACAUCUAGCAUCAUGCCAUCAGCAUCUGGUGUUAGUGUUGGUUUUGUUGGUAUAAUUUCUUGGGGUAUUGGUAUAGUUGAAUGAUGAAUCAUUACUUGGUGGUGGCUCUUCAUCAUGUCUAUAAUUAUCUACAUUUUCUUCAUGUGUUUUAAAUUUUUCACGACCUCCAUGUGCCUCUUGGUAUUUU